UUGCACCUAUUGCGUAACUGUCUCUCUCUUCUUAGCCUCAUAAAUCUCCAACACAAGCAUCGCUAAAACCUUGCUACUACAACAAACAGCAAGAAAAAUAAAAUGAAUCGCGUAGUGAUUAGGUCGGUUCUGCGAGGCUUACAGGUGAACGGAGGUGGCGGGAGGUGCAUUUCCACGGCGGCUAGUGGUGGCGGUGCCGCUGCCGUUGCCGCUGCCGCCGUGGAGAUAUGGAGUAGGGAGUUGAGGAGUAAAAACGGUGCGUAUAGUUAUGGAGUGUGUUGCUGGAGGAGAAUGAUGAGUACGUCACAGUUGACGGAGCAGUCGGAGAAAGCGGUGGCGAAGAAAGAGGAGGCGUCGGAGGUGAAAGGAGUAGAGUCGGUGAAAGUGAAUGAUAGUAAAGCGGUGGUAUCGAGUUAUUGGGGGAUAGUGAGGCCUAAGGUUCUUAGAGAAGAUGGAAGUGAAUGGCCUUGGAAUUGUUUUAUGCCAUGGGAGACAUAUCAGUCAAACACAGCUAUAGAUCUGAGUAAGCAUCAUGUGCCUAAGACGUUUCUUGAUAAAGUUGCUUAUCGGACUGUCAAGCUCCUUCGUGUUCCUACCGAUAUAUUCUUCAGGAGACGGUAUGGAUGUCGUGCAAUGAUGUUGGAGACGGUGGCUGCUGUCCCUGGUAUGGUCGGAGGGAUGCUGCUACACUUAAGAUCUCUCCGCAAGUUCCAGCAAAGUGGCGGCUGGAUUAAAGCUCUGCUUGAGGAAGCAGAGAAUGAGAGAAUGCAUUUGAUGACAAUGGUGGAGCUUGUCCAGCCCAGGUGGUAUGAGAGGCUACUGGUCCUCGCUGUGCAGGGUGUUUUCUUUAAUGCUUAUUUUGUGCUUUAUCUACUCUCUCCUAAACUGGCUCAUAGAAUUACUGGGUAUUUGGAGGAAGAGGCUAUACACUCAUAUACCGAGUUUCUGAAAGAUAUCAAAGAGGGUAAAAUUGAAAACAUCCCAGCUCCUGCUAUUUCAAUUGACUACUGGAGGCUGCCUAAGGAUGCAACCCUUGAGGAUGUUAUCACUGUGAUCCGUGCUGAUGAAGCUCACCAUCGUGAUGUCAACCACUUUGCUUCUGAUAUUCAUUAUCAGGGUAAGGAAUUGAGGGAGGCACCAGCCCCUCUUGGUUAUCACUGAAAAUAAGAGAACUUCAGGACCUCUUUGUUCUUCCUGAGGUUUGAUUUCGUAUACUGAGAAUUGGAGAUGGAUAUGAGUGUUUGAUAUAAGCUUGAGAUAAUAUGAUAUAUCCUUCCUAUAUGCCGAGAUCAUUAUUGGAUUGUGGACUAAUUUGAAAAUUGUUUGUAAAUUUGUUACUAAUAAUAAUAAUAAAGUUUAGGUAAUAGUAUCUUCAUUA